UGGGCAAAGCUAACAGCGAAAAGUGGGACGUUAAGUAUGUAACAAUUUAUGAGUAAAGGAACGAAAGCCUCGGCCACAGUAUCUACGAAACGACGGAUCUUCCAAACGACAUUCUCUCGUGCCUUUUGCCUUCACGUUUAAGCAUGCAGUGAAUUGAAAUUCUGAAAUUACCCUUCAACUUUGUAUAACUGCCGCCAACUAACCAUCAUCAACUCUCGCCAAACAAGUUUUGUCUAUCAUCUUCCUAAUCCUAAUCUGUACCCGUCAUACCUCUUAAACCUUUCAUUUCAUCACCAUCUUUUUGCAGUUUCUCUUUAUGGGUGAAAGUGAAACUCUUAAAAGCUGCUAAGAGGGAAGUGAAUUAAAGGAGAGAUGAUAAAGAAGCCACAAAAGGUCAACAUGUUUAUUAAAAAAUGGUCUGAGCUUGAUUGGCGUCUUCUCUUCUUAGUCGUCGUUCCCCUUUCGUUUCUGUUUUUUGUUUCUUCCUUAACUUCUACGCAUCUCAAUUCUGUCGUCUCGCUCCGCUCCUUUAUCUUCAGCAACUUGUCGGAUUUUAUAAGUUUACAUCCCCACUCGGCCAACGCUGUUCGGUCGUUGGACAGGUCGAGGAUUGCGGUCUGCUUGGUUGGUGGAGCCAGGAGGUUCGAGCUGACGGGACCUUCCAUCGUGGAGAAGGUUCUUAACCGGUACCCCAAUGCAGACCUUUUUUUGCAUUGUCCCAUGGACAAAGAUGCCUUCAAACUAUCGCUUCUAAGGACUGCCCCGAGGCUCGCCUCUGUUCGAAUUUUCGAGCAGAAACUAGUGCCGGAGACGGGGGAGCAAGUCCGUGUCCUUACGGCGGCCAACUCCCCUAAUGGCAUCCAGGGUCUUCUGCAGUAUUUCAAUUUGGUGGAGGGAUGCAUCACGAUGAUCGAGUCACACCAAAAGCAACGCGGCUUCACCUAUGACUGGAUCGUUCGGACCAGAGUAGACGGUUACUGGAGUGCGCCAUUACAUCCCCGAAAUUUUGUGGCUGGCCGAUAUACCGUCCCAUCUGGGUCAGUUUACGGUGGCCUUAAUGACCGCCUCGGCAUCGGCGAUUUCUUCACUUCCAAGAUUGCUCUCUCCCGCCUUGCUCUCAUCCCCGAAAUCGACAAGGCAGGGUACAGGCAACUCAACUCGGAAUCUGCGUUCAAAGCCCAACUCACCACCCUAAACAUAUCCUAUGCGGAGAAUAGAUUACCGUUCUGCGUGGUGACGGAUCGGACGUACGAGUUCCCGCCUGCCCGUUUGGGUGUGCCAGUGGCGGCGAUGUCGAGCCUGGAUCCACUGAGUGGGGCCAAAUGCAGGCCGUGCAGCCCUGUAUGUAAAGACGGUUGUGUGGCGGACGUGAUGUCGUCGCUUGACAAGGGAUGGAGCUGGACCGACUGGGGUAACGGGACUCUUGAGCUAUGCAACGCUCAAGGCGAGUGGGAGAAGGGAUGGGAGAAGAUUUUCGAUAGGGUUGCGGGUCAAAAACUCGCUCAAGAGAGGAAGCGAGUUAAAAGUUUGAAGCUGGAGGAAUGUAUUGGUGAUUUUAGAGAAAUGAAGAAAAAGGCCUUCAAGUGGGAGGCACCUACGCCGGAGGAAAUCUGUCGACUGGGGUUGGGCGUCUCACAAAAUUGAUUCUUAUUCUUUAGAAUCAAAGCUUAUUUAGUGUAGCCAGCAAGUACGUUCUUUCGGAAUUGUAAAUUUUUCUUUAAUUAAUUUUCCAAUUUAGAAAUUUCAUUAAUAUGAAAACAAUAUAAAGAUAAGAAAAUAAGUCAGAUCAUAUCCAAAAUGGUUAAGGUUUUUAUUGACGGUUUAACCAUGUAAAACAAAAUAAUAAGAUUAAAUUGUAGUUUUCAUAUUUUUAAUUUAA